CCCACACCCAAUUUUUUAUUUAUUUGCCCCACAUGAUAUAGUAGCUCCAGUAAGCUGCCACAAAUGAGCACGAAUUCACCCGACCCUGCCUCGUUUAACCUUUUCACUGUUCGAUUUAGCUUGUCUUUUAUCUGUGAAAAUGCCCGACCGCAAAUAAAUAACGCCGCCAACGACAGUUUGCUUUCUGUUCACACCAACAAGUAUAAAGAAAGAGAAGAUGGUGGUGUCGACAGCAAAAGUACACCUUAGUCUUCUUUAAGGGGCGGAUAUGCGCUGUCUCCUGAAUGCCCUGCCUACAAUUUCAAAUGUUUGAAAAAACAUGUGAACGCAGCAGCGACAACAACCAGCAGCAGUCGUUUAAGCGCUUCCCACAAUGCACUCCCCGAUCAUCAGCGGGAAACCAAAAUGGCGAACGUGUUGGGGGAAAAUGAACCGUUUGUUAUUUUCUGAGGAAUGCACAAGCCCCGCACGUUUCUGCGACACUCUUUUGAAAUAAAUCCGACCUCAAAAGGAGCGGAGCAGCAAGAGUCACUCAUAUCCAGAUUUUUUUGUCGUACGAGUCGUUUGUAGAAGCGGAGGGGACCGAAUGAGAGACUCGGGGGUUGUGGAUCACCUGUCUGUCCAUCACAGAGCUCACCCCCAGCGGCAGCAGCAGGCUGUGCCCUUGUCCCCCACAAGCCUCUCUGCCAGGGGAGACUAUGGAGAAGGCGGCAUGUCUGACAGGUUUACAGAGGGACAGGAUGUCUUGGCCCGGUGGUCAGACGGAUUGUUCUACUUGGGGACAAUCACAAAGAUAGAUCGAGACAAGCAGCGAUGCUUUGUGGUUUUCGAGGAUCGGUCAAAAUCAUGGGUUCUCUGGAAGGAUAUCCAGACAGGGGAUGAAGACGAUGAGGAUGAUGAAGACGAUGACAUUGUGUGCUCCAUAUGCCAGGAUGAAACUUCAGAGGAGCCCAAUGAGAUUGUCAUCUGUGACAAGUGUGGACAAGGCUACCAUCAGCUCUGCCAUUCCCCCAUUAUUGAUGCCUCCGUCAUUGACUCAGAUGACAAGUGGCUCUGCUCGGAGUGUGAGCUCACUUCAAUACACAAGAGGGGGGGUGCACACAGGAGGGGAGCUUCUGCUAAAGGCUUUCUGCAGCACGAGCAGCAGCAGCAGCACAUGGAGCUGCACCUUUCCUUCCCGUAUGCUCUGGAUGAACUGGUGUGGGACCAGGGCCACAAGACCAACAUCCAGCAGUGCUACUGUUACUGUGGAGGUCCAGGAGACUGGUACCUGAAGAUGCUGCAGUGUAACAGGUGUCAGCAGUGGUUCCAUGAGGCGUGUCUCCAUUGCCUACAGAUGCCCAUGCUCUACGGAGAUAGAUUUUACCUAUUCAUUUGCUCUGUUUGCAAUGGUGGACCAGAGUACCUCAGUCGACUGCCUCUCAGAUGGGGAGAUGUGACACAUCUGAGCCUGUACAACUUGAGUGUGAUCCACAAGAAGAAGUACUUCGACUCUGAGAUGCACCUGAUGAGUUACAUCAAUGAUAACUGGGAGCUGCUGCAGCUGGGGGAGCUCACCAACACUCCGAGAUCAGACCGAUACAAAUGUGUUCUGGAGGCGUUAAACAACAACAGUAGCUUGUUCAUGUCAGGGAAGGAGGUGAAGAAAAAGAAGCACUUGUUUGGGCUGAGGAUCCGUUUUCCUCCUGCUCCCCCCAACUCCAAUGAGCCGACCAGCAGAGUGAUGGAGAGAGCCUCACAUGAGAUCACCAUCAAGGGAUGCAAGUCCACCAAAGCUCUAUCUGGCAUUAGUACUUUAACCAAUGGCACAGAGAAGAAGAAAAAGAAGAAGAAGAAGAAAAAGAGGAAGCAAGGACCACGUUCUCUGGAGACUCUGGCUAAACGACAACGCUCCAGUGAACUCUUAUCCCAGGACAUAAGAAAGCCGCUACCACUAGAGCCCCAAACAUUGGAUCACUUAACCUCCAUCAAGAGUGACAGGUCUCUUCAGUCCUCAGAUGUGGAAUCCAUAGGAGCCCUGAGCACCACAGAAACUACCUCAACUAGCAUUUCAAGACAGUCCAGCCUCUGUAGCUCCAGCAAGAUGCGCACGACAGCCAGCGUCAUGCCUGUUUCCUCUCCACCCUUAAAAAGGAAACGUGGGCGGCCACGACGGGCUCUGCAAACCCCCAACCCAGAGAUCCCCCCUCCCAGCCACGCAGACCCAAAUCCCCCAGCUACAGAGGUGCUGAGCCCACUCCCAGGGCUGCACUCCACAGACAUAGUUCACGGCAUGGACCCCAACAGCCAGCUCUCCCACCUCAAGAGCUCCAUCAGCAGCUAUUUUGGAGCAGCAGGGCGGCUGGCUUGCGGGGAAAAGUACAAAGUUUUGGCUCGACGGGUCACCCUCGACGGAAAGGUGCAGUACCUGGUGGAGUGGGAAGGAGUCACUGCCUCCUAGACAUGUCAUUGUCAUCAACACUUUCAUUUCUAACCAGCGCAUACAAGAUGGCUGUGUAAAGGACACUGUGCACACAGCCUGUAUUCAGAGCAUUAAUUGAUGUAUGCCUUUGUUUAGUUUAGACAGGAGCAAGUUUUAAGCUUACUGGAAAGCCUACUGGUUCAGUGCAGCAGCACGUCUUUUCAUCAUUUGUCAAGAUUACAAUUCAAUGAUGAAGACCAGGCUUUGUCAUUAUACCACAUCAUAUUUCUGUUAUUCUGCUGUUAACAUUUUUAUUAUCUGCUUUGAAUGUUUACAGGAUCCCUGAUUUUUUUCAGGGGCAAAACAUGAUCAGUGCACUGCACCUGUAGGCUUUCAGUGAAUCAUUAUUGUGCUUGAUUUGUUUAAUUUUGUUUAAUCCAGUGAUAUGCUUCUCAUUUCCAGACCAGAUAAGUAUGAAACUGUUUUUUUUUGUUUUGUUUUGUUUUUUAACAGAAUGUAUUUGGCAGGCAUUAAAUGGUGAAUCUUGGAGGAUAAGAGAAAGAGGGGAUGUUUUGUUAAAAUAAUUUUCAUUAUUUCAUGACUGUAUUAUGCAGUGAACCAUAUUUGUUGCUUAGCAUAUAUUUUCUUACCAGAUUUGGUAAAUUAAUACAUGUCCCUUUAAAACCAUGUCCCCUCCUUCUCCAGUCCCAGCUAUGAGUACCUCUUGUUGCCUUGGGCAGACAUAUUCUUCAGUUGUCUCUUGGAAAGUGCUCCAUUUGCGAGCAGUUCAGGAGAAACUCAAAACAAAAGAGAUGUGCUGCUGCAAAUGUUUAUUUUAUAUAUAACUGUACUACAUUUAUUAUUUUCUUUUCAACUUGUACUUUCUCAUGACUUUUUCUGUUUCGCAGGGCAGAUUUCUCAGAUUUCUUCUUCUUUUUGAUUAUGGAUUGCACAUAUCAAAUUAUGUCUGCUAAUGUCAUCUCAUCAUGAACAGAUCAUUUGAGCUUUUCAGCUCAUACGUUGCACCAUUUUCAUCCAUGGUUAAGUUCUUUAAAUACUUAAAGUUGUUUCUAACUGUUAAAAUUAAAAUGAAGUUCUGAAAAACCACGUCCCCAAAUCAAGUGUAAUUUCAGUUUCUAAUAACCAAAAACUCAAAACCAAGAGGACUCCUUUCAACCUUUUAAACAAUUUGAUUUGAAAUUUGAUUAAAAAAACACUUUUUUGGACCUAUUUAGUUUUCCUUUGUCUUUAUAGUUACUCAAGAUUUAUAAGGUGCAUAAGAUGAAUGUUGCAUACCCAGCUGUCAUACCUAGAGUUCAGAAUUGUUCCAAUAUUUUUGUGCUGCCUAUGCAAGUUAGUCUUGGAUAAAGGUGUUCGGCCAUAUAAUCGAACCACAUGGCUUUACAAAGAAGAGUGUCAGCAUUAUUAUUGUGAUUAUUUCACUCGAUUGUUAAAUUUUUCAUGUGACGGGUGCAAAAAAAAAGAAAGUACUUGGAUUUUUGCUUUUACAGUCAAAAUCACCUUGUAGUUUACACACUCAGGAUAUGCCCACAAACGUCACUGUAUUGUAUAGGCCAGCAUUUGCAGCUCGACAGGAUGUCUUGAUGUAAGUUAUUCUCUCAGUGUUGUUGGUCAGUAUUUUUAUAUCAGGUGCUCCAUUGACCAUAUGUAUGCAUGUAUACUUUUUUUUUUCUACGAGCAAAAUAAAUUGUAGUCUAUUUUUUUCCUCUUAAUCUCACUUGUUAUAACUGAGUCAGAAAACAAUCACUGGAAAACUAAUAUGUUGUAUGUCAUUGCAAUGGGUAAAUAUUCUGUUAGUAUGCCUGUCUCUUUUAUAUGAGAUAUUUCUGAUUUUGUUCAAAUGGACAGACCUUUUGGACAUUGAUACCUCUUCGUUGUGCAAGUGUAGUCCAUGCAUUUAAAGCUUCACUCCUCUGUUCAACCAGUGUCUCAGCCCGCAGGUGGCUCCCACUGGCUUCCAGCAGGCUUCCGUAGCCAAAGAACACACAUGUACCGUCUGCUUUGUCCCUUGAGAUUCUUCUUAGUACAUUUUUAUACAUCAUUAUAUAGGCUGAGGUGUUACUUCUGAACCUGUUUAGUUAACUGAUAAAUAAAAGCUGAUAUUUUGAA